AUGCUCGACGUAUGCCGAGGCGCCAACCAGAAUCACUUCGAGCUUGACGCACCGCUGCAGAAGCUCAUCAUCCCGCUAUCAUUAAUGGCGAGAGGCAAGCGCGAUAGCGCACAUGUCUGCAAGACAUUGGACUCCAUGGACAAAUCGGGGCAUGGCGCCAUCAUCGGUGCUGGCCAACGCAGGAAGGACAUCGACACUGCCUCCACGUCCCCCGAGUCUAACUCCAUAAACCCCGACUACGGCGCCGCGUACGCGUGGAGCAACUCCGCGCACGUGACGGACCUGAAGGACGUGAAGGGCGGGAUCGGCGCGAAGGCCGGCAAGCGCUCCUCGUGGGAGGUCCCCGGCUGGGCCACCGCCCAGUCUGACAUGACCACCAACAGCGGCACCAACAAUGGAUCGGACGACACUGCCGCCAGCUUUUCGAAGCGAGUGCCCGACGGCAUGCGCUUCAAGAGCGACACUGGAGGCCUCUUCCGUCACCGCCAUUCGGCGAUGUCGAGCGAGGGACCCGAGAUGAUGUUCCCCAAGGCUCCGCGUGCGAGCUCGUUUUCAGGCAUGGCGUCGUACGGCGGCGGCGCGUACGCGCGUUUCGACGCCGGCCCCGACAAGGCCUACUACGUGGACUCCGCGCACGACCCGGCGCUGGCGGAGGCCGCCGAGCAGCUCAGCCGGUACGCGGCCGACCUGCGCAGGAAGCGUGGCGCGAACGCCAAGUACCCGCAUGAAGCGACAUCGUACACGAACAACAAGUACGCCUACGAGCGAGGGCCCCUCGGUUUCGCCACCGUGUUCAGGGACACCGAGUCCGACGACGUCGUCAGGAGCGACACGAGCACGAUGCCGCUGACGAUUUUUUCCGCGUAUACCCCAUUGCGUCUUGAGGACGGCGCCAUCGCAGUGCAACCGUCGGACAAGGUUGACCUCCUAGCGCGCCACAAGCACUGGCUCUACGUCCGCGUCGCGAAAUCUCGGGUUCCGGAGUCCGUGGGACGCAGCGGCUGGAUUCCCGAGGAGACGCUGCUCGAGCCGGAACUUUUUUCUCGGCGUUUGCUGCACACUGGCAACCGCACACACAUGUUUAAUAAAUUCCUAUAG